AUGACAUCAAAGUACCGCGAGAGCAGACUGCUCCUUAUGCUCAUAAAUCGCUCUCGCGAGGUUGCUAAAGCUGUGGUGAGUGUUGAGCCUGACAAACAGCUGUUCUCAGGAGAAACUGUCACUCUGAGAUGUGACAUACAGACUGAACCAAACACCGAGUGGACAUACAGCUGGACUGUACACACAUAUAACAGCUGGAAUACAGUCACCCAAUGCACAACACAAAAAUGCAUAAUGGAGAAUGUGAGUUAUUACCACAGUGGUACAUACACAUGUAGAGGAAAGAGUGUAAACGGACAAACCUGUGAGAUGAGUGAUGCUGUUACACUGACUGUAUCAUCAUAUAAAGCCCGGACAGUUUUAAGAGUUUCUCCACAGCAGUGGCUGACUGAAGGAGAUUCAGUGACUCUGAUGUGUGAGGUCACAAGUUCAUCUACAGGCUGGACAUUCAGCUGGUUUACUAAACACAGUCUCUCCUCCGUGAAUAAAUCUGCUGGUUAUGAGUUGGUGUCAGACAGCAGUGGAGGAUCUAAAGGCAACUACACUGUGAGUUCUGCGGCUCUGAAGCACACAGGAGUUUAUAUGUGCCGAGCAGAGAGAGGAGAUCCAGUCUAUCACACACACAACAGCAGCACACAACCACUGUGGAUCACUGGUGUUUCUUCUUCAGUGUCUCUGAUCAUCAGACCCAACAGAACUCAACACUUCUCAUCUGAAUCUCUCUCUCUGAGCUGUGAGGAUCACAGGAACUCUACUGGAUGGACAGUGAGAAGAUACACAAACACACUGGAAACUUGUCCAUCAUCAUCAGUCAGAUCUACAGGAACAGAAUCUACAUGUACAAUCACAUCUCUCUUCACAUCUGACACUGGAGUGUACUGGUGUGAGUCUGAAUCUGGACACAAACUUCAUCCUGUUAAUAUUUCAAUACACAAUGGUGAUGUGAUUCUGGACAGUCCUGUUCAUCCUGUGACUGAAGGAGAUUCUCUGACUCUACACUGUUUAUAUCGAGAUAAAAACCCAUCAAACCUCAGAGCUGAAUUCUAUAAAGAUGGAUCAGAGGUGCAGAAUCAGACUACAGGAGACAUGAUGAUCAUCUCUACAGUCUCAAAGUCACAUGAGGGUUUCUACUCCUGUAAACACCCAGAGAGAAGAGCGUCUCCAAAGAGCUGGAUCUCAGUCACAGGAGGUUUUCAGGAGAUUUCUGGUCUCAAGAUGUUCAGUUUUCUGAUGGCAGUUUGUCCAUAUCUGUUAGUGACUAUCAUGCUGGUUUCCAAAUGCUGCAGAUUGAGAGGUAAAACAUCUGUCUAAUUCAUUAGGUCAUUUUAUUUAUUAUUAAGCUUCAAACACAACAUAUAACCAAAUUAACAGCUGUGAUUGU